AUGGAAAUGACAGAGCCCCGUCCGAUGGUAAUUGACUGGGACUCUUCAGAUACUGUUGUGUCGGCGAGGGACCCCGGGGACCUCAUUUUACACGGCAGCUCAGCGCCUUCGGCAGCCAGAGCUGAAACGCGAGAACUCCCAGGCCCUUCAGAGGAGAGCGCCGCGCUUCUGUUCCUCCGUCGUCCCUCACUGGACUUGACAUUCUCAUCUCCGCGCUGCCCCCUGGCAAACUUCUCCAGCUUUCGUCUCCCAGCGUCACACAGGGAAAUUAAAAAGGCCCACAAUAUAUUUCUUUAA